UUUCGCACAUCAGCCAGCCAGCCAGCUGAUUAUUAAAUGCCAUAGCACAAAAGAAAAAAGUCAAAUUGUGCAGAAUCGUCAUUAUCUGGUGUGGGAAUUACAUCAUUGCAUAAUCGAUAAUUAAAAUGGCUUUACCCGAAGAACUUGCUAAAAAUAUGCAAAAAUUCCAGGCUAAAAGCACCGUGCCUGUGUUUCUCAAAGGUGGACCUGCCGACAAAGUUUUAUUUGGUGUUACCGUUGGCCUCUGUGGCAUUGGUCUGCUAAGCAUCUUAGAAAUGGUCUACACCAUGGGUUUCAAAAAGAAGAAUGCUUGAAUCAAAAUGUUUCUCAGCCACAAAUCUUUGAAUUUUAAAGAAAUAUUAAUAAUAAAAUCUUUAUCAUAGGCCAA